GUUGCCAUCACGUCACUUCCGGAUGUCAAUAUGCGGCUUGGUGCGGCGCUGGGGAAACGGAACCACUGGAAAGAUGUAAACGGAGGACCCAGCGAUCAGCAGCCUCACCGAACACACUAAACAUUACGUCCCGGGAACCCGCCGCUCCGCGCCGACACACGAAGCACAGCGAGCGGCCUCUCAUUGAGCCUCCGUCCCCCGAAGCAGCGGAGCUCUUUGCCUUUAGCAGCCAUCUUUUGUGAGAGAAUGUACGGGGCGACGCGGCGGGCCUGCUCGGGCUCUGGCCGGGGCCGGAGCCUGCUGAUGCUGACCACCGCGCUGCUGCUGUCCGUUAUCGGGCUGCUGUCCGGGCUGCCCGGCUUCACCGAGGCGAAGGAAUGCGACAAACCGUGUAUGAACGGGCAGUGUAACACCGCCACCGGGAACUGUGUGUGCUUCCCCGGCUGGGUCGGGGACCAAUGCCAGCACUGCGGAGGGAGAUUCAGGUUGACGGGGCCUUCUGGUCACCUGACUGACGGUCCAGGAAACUACAAGUACAAGACUAAGUGCACCUGGCUGAUCGAAGGACAGCCCAACACUAUACUGCGAUUACGGUUCAACCACUUUGCCACUGAAUGCAGCUGGGACCACCUCUACGUGUACGACGGAGACUCCAUCUACGCCCCCCUUCUCGCUGCCUUCAGCGGUCUGAUCGUUCCUGAGCGAUACGGGAAUGAGACGGUUCCUGAGGUGGUGUCUCAGUCCGGUUUCGCCCUCCUGCACUUCUUCAGUGACGCUGCUUACAAUCUGACUGGGUUCAACAUUUCCUACAGGGUGAAUACAUGUCCCAACAACUGCUCGGGGCGCGGCGAGUGUCGUGUGAGGAACUCCACAGGUGCGGUGUACUGCGAGUGUGAAGACAAGUGGAAGGGGCCGGCCUGUGACGUCCCCUACUGCCUGGCUGACUGUGGCAGCCCUGACAGAGGUCGCUGCGAGGGCAAAUCCUGCGUCUGCAAGCCCGGAUGGCAAGGUCCAGACUGCUCCGUCUCAGUGCCUGCCAACUCCUCCUUCUGGAGCCGGGAGGAGUACACCGAGGCCGGGCUGGCGAGGGCUUCCCACAAGGCCGUGGUGGACCAGGGCAUCAUGUGGGUUAUCGGAGGCUACGUCUUCAACGCCUCCGACUAUCACAUGGUCAAAGCGUAUAACCUCAGCUCCAGGAGCUGGCUGACCCUUGACCCCUCCGUCCACACUGUCACGCCACGAUACGGCCACUCGCUGGCUCUUCAUGAGGGGAAGAUCUACAUGUACGGAGGAAAGAUCGACUCCACAGGAAACGUCUCCAGCCAGCUGUGGGUGUUCCACAUCCAGAACCAGACCUGGGUCCUCCUGAGCCCGCGAGCCAAAGAGCACUAUGCCGUGGUGGGACACUCGGCCCACAUCGUGCCUCCCGUCCAGGAGGGGGCCAAUCCCGUCAUGCUGGUGAUGUUUGGACACUGUCCUCUGUACGGAUACAUCAGCCUGGUGCAGGAGUACAACAUCGUGAAGAACACAUGGAGCCUGGUGUCCACAGACGGCGCUCUGGUCCAGGGCGGCUACGGCCACAGCAGCGUGUUCGACCCCAGCACCAGAGCCAUCUACAUCCACGGAGGCUACAAGGCCUUCAGCGCCAACAAGUAUGGCCUGGCUGGAGACCUGUACAAGUUCGACGUGGACAAGAGGAAAUGGACCAUCCUGAGAGACAGCGGCUUCUUCCGUUACCUCCACACAGCGGUGAUCGUGAGCGGAACGAUGCUGGUGUUUGGAGGAAACACGCACAACGACACAUCCAUGAGCCACGGUGCCAAGUGCUUCUCCGCCGACUUCCUGGCCUACAGUCUGGCGUGUGAUGAGUGGACGGUGCUGCCUCGACCGGACCUUUACCACGACGUCAAUCGCUUCGGACACUCUGCAGUCUUCAGCGACAGUGUGAUGUACGUGUUCGGCGGCUUCAACAGCCUGCUGCUCAGCGACGUCCUCAUGUACACCUCGCCCAGCUGCGCGGCCUUCUCCAGCUCGGCGUCCUGCAGCCAGGCCUGGCCGGGGAUCCACUGCAUCUGGAACAGCACCCAGGGGACCUGCCUGCCCUGGGAGAGCAGCGCUAUCGGAGGCGAGCAGCAGCAGCUCCCGGCCUCCUGCACCACACGAUCAUACGCUGAUAACGAGAGGUGUGACCAGUACACAGACUGCUACAGCUGCACCGCCAACACUAACGGCUGCCAGUGGUGCUCGGGCCAGUGUGUGUCUCUGGGGAGCAACUGCACCUCUGCAACGGGAGCCAUCGGGGAGUAUGACGUUUGUCCUAAAGACAACCCGUCAUACGUGUGCAACAAGAAGACCAGCUGUAAGAGCUGCGCUGUGGACCAGAACUGUCAGUGGGAACCUCGCAACCAGGAGUGCAUCUCUCUGCCAGAAAACGUGUGCGGUGAGAGCUGGCACCUGGUGGGGAACUCCUGUCUGAAGUUCAUCACAGCGAAGGACUCGUACGACAACGCCAAGCUGGCCUGCAGGAGCCACAACGCCGUCCUGGCCUCGCUGACCACGCAGAAGAAGGUGGACUUUGUCCUGAAGGAGCUGCAGAUAAUGAGCGUAGUGUACAAGGCUACAGUGACGCCCUGGGUGGGGCUCAGGAAGAUCAACGUGUCGUACUGGUGCUGGGAGGACAUGUCACCUUUCACUAACACCACUCUGCAGUGGCUGCCUGGCGAGCCGAGCGAUGCCGGCUUCUGCGGCUACCUGGCCGAGCCGGCGUCCAGCGGACUGAAAGCACAAACCUGCAUCAACCCGGUGAACGGCAGCCUGUGUGAACGGCCGGCCAACCACAGUGCCAAGCAGUGCCGGACGCCGUGUGCCAUGAGAACCACCUGCAGCGAGUGCACCAGCAGCAGCUCCGAGUGCAUGUGGUGCAGCAACAUGAAGCAGUGCGUCGACUCCAACGCCUAUGUGGCGUCCUUCCCCUUCGGGCAGUGUAUGGAGUGGUACACCAUGAACACGUGUCCACCCGAGAACUGCUCCGGGUACAGAACCUGUGGCCAGUGUCUGGACCAGCCGGGCUGCGGCUGGUGCACCGACCCCAGCAACACGGGCAAAGGUCAGUGCAUCGAGGGCUCGUACCGCGGGCCCUUCCAGACCUCGGUCCCGGCCCCGUCCACCCUCCCAGGCCUCCCCGCCAGCCCUCAGCCGGCCCUCAACGCCAGCAUGUGCCCCAGUGAGGCCAAAUACAACUGGUCCUUCAUCCACUGCCCAGCUUGUCAGUGUAACGGUCACAGCCAGUGUAUCAACGAGAGCGUGUGUGAGAAGUGCGAGGACCUGACAACCGGCCGACACUGCGAGAGCUGCAUCUCUGGCUUCUACGGAGAUCCGACCAACGGGGGCACCUGCCAGCCCUGCAAGUGUAACGGCCACGCCAGCAUGUGCAACCCCAACAACGGCAAAUGUUUCUGCACCACUAAAGGCAUCAAAGGAGAUCGCUGCCACCUGUGUGAAGUCGAGAAUCGUUACCAAGGCAACCCCCUCAAAGGAACAUGUUACUACACGCUCCUCAUCGACUACCAGUUCACCUUCAGCCUGUCGCAGGAGGACGACCGCUACUACACCGCCAUCAACUUCGUGGCCACACCUGAGGAGCCAAACAGAGAUCUCGACAUGUUCAUAAACGCCUCAAAGAACUUCAACCUGAACAUCACCUGGGCCACGAGCUUCACCGCAGGCACCCAGACUGGGGAGGAGAUCCCCAUCGUCUCUCGGAGCAACAUCAAGGAGUUCAAAGACAGUUUCUCCAACGAGAACUUUGAUUUCCGCAACAGCCCGAACAUCACCUUCUUCGUCUACGUCAGCAACUUCACGUGGCCCAUUAAGAUCCAAAUCGCCUUCUCCCAGCACAGUAACUUCAUGGAUCUGGUGCAGUUCUUUGUCACGUUCUUCAGCUGCUUCCUGUCCCUGCUCCUCGUGGCCGCCGUGGUUUGGAAGAUCAAACAAAGCUGCUGGGCGUCACGGCGACGAGAGCAACUGCUGAGGGAGAUGCAACAGAUGGCCAGCCGGCCUUUUGCCACCAUCAACGUCGCCUUGGAGACGGACGAGGAGCCACCUGACCUGAUAGGAGGAAACGUCAAGUCCGUCCCAAAACCCAUCGCCCUGGAGCCUUGCUUUGGCAACAAAGCCGCCGUGCUCUCCAUCUUUGUGCGGUUACCCAGGGGCACCGGCGGCAUCCCUCCUCCAGGACAGUCUGGUUUGGCGGUGGCCAGCGCGCUGGUGGACGUCUCUCAGCAGAUGUGCGUUGGCUACAAGGAGAAGUCCGGAGGUCUGAGGAACCGCAAACAGCAGCCCACUGCACAGCCAUCCACCUGUAUCUGACCACGCCCCCGCCCUCCUCCACCACCCCAUCACCUGACGCUCUCCCAUCAGCCCCCCGCCUCGGCCUCCUCCUUCAGAGACUCCCGCCAGCUCCGCUCUGGCAGGGAGAGGUGCAUGCUGGGAAGCAGGACUGGAACAUUUUGGCGAGGGGCCGAGUCGUCCGGCGGACUGGGCUUCCCCUCCCUCUCCUCCGACGGGAACUUUGGGUCCCCACAAACUGAGAGACAGAAACUGGACACAGAGGGAGGGAGGGAGGGACGGAGCGGGUGCUGACAUCACCUCUUCCCCUCCAGAAAAAAAAAAAACAAACAAAAAAACAAAACAUUUUACAUUUGUCGACACCGCCUCGUUAGAGUCAAGGCGGCCGCGGCUUGCUGCUAGAAGAGAUCCUCGUCUCGUAGUUUUGGAAAAAUCCAGAGACUUUGCAACCCUCAUUUUCACUUCUUAAGUUAUUGUUGUUUUUAAUGGUUUUAUUUUGAAGGCAGGAACAAAGUGGACACGUUCAGCUGCGCAUGCGCGCACACGCACACACACACACACACACACUUCCAAAAUAACAACUUUCCAGGCCCUUGUAUCACUUGUAGCCCACUGUCGCCUGCUGUCAUGUUCACAGCUCAGCACUGAGGGCUACUGUCGCCGCAGUCCUGUACAGUUUGGCCUCCGAACGAGCUAAUAGCAUGUUGAGUCUUCCUUUAACGAGGAUCUGCUGUAGGAGGCCGGCCGUGCAGCCAAAGCCCAUCGAAAGAGUCUGUGACAUUUCUAAUCGGCCUCUGUGUCGUCCGCCGCUGUCUUCUCUGUGUCCUGUCUGGAGCUUUGUCUCCACCCGUCUCUCUCUCUCUGUCUCUGCGGCCAUCUGGCUGCGCAGCCAACCACCUCUCCAGCCUCUCUGGCAGCGCGUCCAAGUACAAAACAAAACCGCAGCAACAUCUCAUCCACGCUGGCUGGCUGGAUCGUGAGCCAGCGCAGAUUGAAACUUUUCCAGCUAAUUACUCCUCCAGUUGCAGUGAAAGCCAGCGGCCGCGCACACACAGGUGCACACGCAUGGCGCUCACACGCAGCCGGCGGUGAGAAAACCCUCCAGUGUUUAACGAUUGUCCCUUUGGCAGCGCCGCGCCUCGAGCCCGUGUGAAACAGGCUUCCCAUAGAUCGUCUGAUUGACUGGAGUGAUUAGGCCGGUGUGCGUGAGAGGAGCCGGGGCGACGGUUCAGCAUCCUUUGUGAUCGUUGCCUCAGAAAUCCAUCGCCUCUAAUUGCUGCUCACGUGUCCCCAAAUGCAGCGCACGUCCCCUCUUCGAUGCCAGAAAUCCUGUUGCUUUCUCCCCGCCGCUCGAUGGUGAUUGUUCCGUGUCUCUGAGCUAUCUACGGCGGCCUAAUUAGCCCCCGCCACCGCAGUGACAUUUGUGUCCACAUUGAUGCAGCUACAGCUGAGCUUUGAACAUAUGAACUGUACGGGGCAGACGACCUGAACAUGAAGCACACACAUAUGUUAAACUAACAGUGUUUGAUAAAUGGGACUUUUGAUUUGGCCACAUCUCAUAUAAAAACACAGAAAGACGAGCACUAAACGUUUUCUCCUGUUGCCUGGUCUCUUGGGCUUCCUCUGUUUUUGGGCUCCAUGUGUGAGGCGGCUGCUUUUUCUGUUUUUCCUUCCUUUAUAUCUGCUUCACCUGCCUCUCUCUCCACAGCCCUUAUCUGGUCCAUUUUUAAAGAAGCAUUACUCCUUUGUGUCAGCUGGGGAAAAUGAGGGAAAACACAGAAUGAAAAACACAAAAAAGCAAAAACAGAAAACUGCUGGUUUGAAACAGAGCUGUUGCUUUGAAAUGUCACAGGUAAUGUUGUGUUUUGAGGGCAUCAGUGUGUCAGAUCUGUCUCCGCCUGCCUCUUCCUCUUCUCUCCUCCAGCACUGAACAUCACAGCAGGCUUUAAUAAGUCUAAAGUGGUCAUCUUUGUAAAGUAUGAGUUGCAUACUACAACACCUGCAGGUCUCCGACUGGAGGCACCGAUAUAGAAAAUAUAUCUCCUCUUCCCUCGCCAAGUUAUUAACUUCCCGCCCUCGCAGAAGUACAGUAAUAGAACAAUUUAAUAACUUGUAUUCUGCCCUAAAGAAUGCGUCGUAUUUAGUUCCAGGCUCUCACAUGUGUUCAGCAUACUAGAACUGCUCAGCGUCUGGUUAAAGGGCACACUUUUAGCACUGGGAAAAGGUCAGAGCAGAAAGCAUGAACAAAGUUGACAUUCUGUAAUUAUAGAGAGCUGGAUGUGCUCACAACUCCACUCAGCGACCCUGGCGAGCGUUAAGGAGUCAGCUCUGCUCGCACAGGAGUGAAAGCACUUCACUUAGACUCUGCAUUAUCAGGCUUUUUUUUGGGCUCUUUUCUCCAGCAGAGGAAGCUUCUCUAACAGUCGUGUCUGGGCUGGGUUUGUCAAGUUUAAGCUGUCACUUACAAAUUUCAAGAAAAUCCUCCUCACGUCUGAGAUGCAUAAAACACUUUAUUAAACUGCAUCAGUCCAUCAGAGCAGUCGUCCUCCGCUCGGCUUCUUCUCAGGUCCGCACAAGGUUGAUUUUUUUUUUUUUUUUUUUGUGCUACACUACAGUUCAGUUUGGCAGGAACCCAACCAUCGCUCUGAGGUGCUAUUCAAUUCCAAAAAUCUUGUUGGGAGGAACAUUUUUGGGAUGCACAAAGCUCUGCAGCUGGAGGAAGACAACAAUAUUCUUCAGCCUGAAAAUCACAUUUUGAUUCUCUGUUGAACAGUUUUUUGUUUUUGUUUGCUUCACACCUGUUUCAGGUGUUAAUUCAUUGGACACACAGAUUUGAUCAACACUCAUCUGACACUCGAAGCAGCUUUAAAACAAAAGCAAGAAUGAAGAAUUAUUUGGGGUGAAACAACCCAGUCACCAGAAAAUGUUGGCAUGGUGCGUUUCUGCAGAUCACAGAUAAGUUUCAUUUACAUGUUAAUAUGUCGCAGAUACUUUCCAAUAGCACUGUGGUUAACAUGGGGGUCAGGGCACAAAAAACACUAGGUUACGUUUCGAGAAAGAUCAUGUGUUGGCUUGAAAUACACGGUUUUAAGGGAGCAAACACACUGGAAAAGCAGCAGUGUCUCAGAAAAACACAACUACUUUUCAUGGCACCCUCCCUGCUGCAACAACAGCCACAGAGCUCUAAAACAAACACAUUUUGGGGCUAAAAAUCAGCUGGAAACACAUAAAUGACUGAAUGACUCGCUAAAUCACAGCUGUGUUGUUGUUGGUCUGCAGGAGGGCCGUCCUGUGUACCAGUUAUUGGGAAUCAAAGCUUCAGUGAGAAAUCUUUGUGGGAUAAAUAAGAAAUAAGGACGUAAAAACACAUAAAAAUGAGCCACCUUGUCAUCUCGCAGGUCGCAGUAACGUAAGCUACAAUAGCUACAAUCUCGCCCAGGUGACACACCAUCAGACAUCCCCUCCACCUCCUGUUGACAAACUCAGCUUAGAGCUGAGUGACAUGGUUUAAAAAUAAUUAUGCCAUAUCUUUAGGCUACUACUUACUGUAGACUACUGAAAUGCAACAUUAAUAAAUGAAUGACAGUUACAAUAAAGUUAAAUAAAGUGCUGUUAUAAUAACGUUAAAGUGAUGGUAUAAUUACAUAAAGGGAAGCGCAACCGCUGCUGCUUUUAUUUUGAAGCACCCGGCUCAUCUCAGGCAAAAAGUGUUGAUGUUUUUACUGUGAACUUGAAGCUUCCGGUCCACAGUCUGAUGUUAACAGUUAGCACAAAAUUAAACUGUCCCUGCUGCACUUUUAAGUGUGAUGAUUUAUUCACUGUGAGCAGGAAACAAACUAACAGCUCUGUGGACCAUAACUUGAUCAUAUUAGCAAGUUGCAGUGGUGCUCCAUGGUUGCAAAAUGCAACUAAAUAGUCACGGUCUGGAGCUUUGCAGGUAAAAAGACACUGUUCACGCUAUCGUUUCAUUAAGUUAAACUGUUAUUGUGGUGCUGUUAAACAUGAUUUAUCCACUAUUAGCUGGAAAUAAACUAACAGCUCUCCAGUCCAUGUAUUUAUAGCAUUUGCAAAUCACAAUGGUGCUCCAUGGUUGAAAAAUACGUCUAAAUAAUCACGGUGUGGAGAUACAAAAACACAUGAUUCCUCAGUUCACGCUAUUAUUAAUCUCAUUAAGUCAAAUUGUUAUUGUGGUGCUGUAAAACGUGAUGAUUUAUUCACUGUAAGCUGGAAACAAACUGACAGCUCUCCUGUUCACAUAUUAAUAAUUACUGUAAAUCACAGUGGUGCUCCAUGGUCGCAAAAUGCAACUAAAUCGUAACGUUAACGGUGUGGAGCUCUGCAGAUGAGAAACACACUUUGCCUGCUCACAAACUAUCGCUCAGGAGAAAGUGGUCUGGAUGGUCGGAGGAGUGUUCUGAUGUAGUCAUUUUAUACAUCCCACAUGAAACAAGCCGCGAUUUAUCGAGUAUACUUAAUACAUCGUACACCCCUAAGUCGGCUCCUAAGUUAUGUCACUUUAGAAACUUUAAUCUGUAUGAAACAUACAAAUGUAACAUAAUCACGGUCUGCAGAAACAUACAAUGCCAACUUGUUCUUCUGGCGACUCAGCUGAGUGAAAAUGUGACCUUGAGCUGAUGGAGACGAGAGGCGAGUAAACGUGACCUGCAAAAAUCACAUGACCUGUUCAUCUGACAGGUGACGUGUUCCUGACACUGUAACACCUGAGGUGUACCUGCACUACGUCUCUGUCCUCUGCAGCAGCAGCAGCAGCAGCAGCAGCUCUGAGAUCAGCCAACAUCUCACAUAUUUGAUUUCCUGUAGAUGAAGUAUUAAAUUCCACGACGCUCUCUUUCCUUUGAAACAAAACUUUAUUGCACCCAGCGGUGACAACACUCAGUGACAAACUGUGUAACUGCUGUCGUCUUGUGUUGCAGGUUUCCUUUAGUUUCAGAGCAGAGGUCAGAAAUGAAUCUGCUCUGAGUCAGAUGUACUGUAGAAAUAAUUUCUCACAGAAUGAAGAUUGUGUUUUGUUUUCUUGUGUAAAUGAAUGUAAAAUGAGAACUCACCUGUGCAGCCAAGGUAAAUCUGUAAACUGGAGCUCACUGGAGGGGAUGUGAACGCCCCAGCAGCCUGCUGUCGUCAGUCCCUGCGUGGCCGGCGGUGACAGCGCGGCCAACAGACAGCACAGUUACAGUGAGGUCACGGGGUCACGCCGUGUAAGAGCCGCUUUGUCUUGUUGGAGAUGUGCUGAGAAAGAUGUGACGUCUGCGGCCCGGACGAUGCAAACCCUCGUCUCCUUCUGCCUGAUGGUCGGAGCGGCUGAGCAGAUCCUCGGUCUGAUAGCGUCUACAGUUGGAUCUCAGACAUUUGUUCUUACCUCCAUGGUUUGAGACAUUCGUCCUGUGAGGCCGGUCUCACAUUCAGAUCUCAGCAUCAGCAGCAAGCUGAAAAACAAACUCUGUUAUCUGUAAAUACUAUUUGACCCGAAUCUGUCGUCAGCAGCUUCACACGGGGUUCCUACACCGCCGCUCCGCACGGUCUCAGAAGUGAUUAAGAAAAUGUAGAGAGGGGAAAAAAAUGUUCCACAUUCAGCAGUUAUUCAGGACUUUUGACCCUGGCUCCGCCCACACAGGCGUUUUCAUUUAUUCUGGACUGAUGAGACAUCUCUUCAGGUGUGUGUGGGCGUCUGCAGACGUCUCCUUCGCUGUCCUCCACACCUGUUAGGGCGGGACUGAAUUAGACCUCCAUGGUGGGGCCUGACAGGAAGACCCAAAGUCUAAACUUGGGUAAAUCGUCACAUUAACCUUGAUCAUGAUAAAUGUAACAUCCUGCUUUAAAGGAGCCGCAGCAAACCUGCGACUGUUUCCUCCCUCAGAUCCUGACGUCUGUUAAAUCGUCGUGCUGCUGACCGGAGGGAAAUCACGUUUUGUCCAACUGGCUUUGAACCAAAUCUCUGUGGUUUGAAGUUGUACUCUUACGGACAUCAGCCAUUUUUACUGCUUACUGAUAGCCUUCAGCCGUGUCACAGCUGUGUGAAAGGUGCCCAGUGGAGGUCUGAACCAAGCCCCGCCCACCAAAAACAUCAUGUUAUUUACUAACAGUAAAAGGGUCUAUUAUACUGUGCUGUGUCGUGGAAAAACACAUCACCAGUCUGUCUCUGAUUGGUCACAGUUGCUCAUCUGGAAACAGCAUAUCUGAAGCGUCCUGUGUGGGAGUGACUGGAGUUUAAACUCCACAGUGUUUAUUUAAAAGCACCUUCUUCCCGCGAGCGUCCUGGCGUCCUGACUGAGAGCCCAUCCAAGUGACAAAUCCAAACCUAAGAGCACAAAACAACCUUCACCCUGUCAGAGAGAGCCGGGCUCACCGAGGUUAAGUCCUGUCUCAGCCCGGGCCUGUUGGUAAACACCAGCUCAGCUGCGUGUCGCCGCUCUGAUGUUACAUUUCAGGAUUCCUGGGUCCUAAAGUUCAGAUCUUCCACAUGAUUACCUCUCUCCACCAUUUGGAGCCGGCGGAGUGUGAAGUGGCCCCGAGCUGCUGAGAACAUCUGAGAGGGAGUGUGUGUGAAGGGAAACGUGUAGGAACCCUGUGCGCCAUCGAGCCUCCGCACCCGCGUCAGAUUAAAGAGUCGCCCCGCUUUCCAAGCCUCAAACUUUAUAGGGUAACUUAAACUUUACAGCGGCCUUAUUUCAGCUCAUUAAUCUCUGUAUUAACCGAUAAACUUGUACAGCAACAACACAUAUUUAUAAAGUGUGACGACUUACUGGAGAUCUUCCAAUAUUCACAGUACGAGUAGAGUUUCUUUCUCCGACACUGGCAGCAUUAAUCUGUAUUUAAAAGCUUUAGUACACAGGUUAAAGCAUCAGAAUAAGGUCAUUGUAAAAGCCCCUCCUUCUUUCUCUCCGCCUCUCUUUUGUAUAGUGGCAUUAUAUAUACACUGAGGAAGUAGUUUGUUAAUAUGUAUAAUUUAGCAGUUGCUGUUUUUUGUAAAUAAUGAGAAAGUAUUGUGAAUGGCAUUUGUUGAAUGGUUUUAAAAAUCAUUUAUGGCGAACCUCUCCAGGCUUUUAUAAAUGUGACUGCAGUACAUAGCAUAUUUUGUAUGUAAGACGCAGUGUAAAGACGAACAAGCAUUACUAGAAGCUGAUGAACCUACGUGUAAAACUUGAGGAUAAUAGCUUACUGAACUUGUAAUUACUGAUGUACAGAAAAGAAUGACAGAACAUUUUUGUCUAUUAUUAAAUGUGAAAA